AUGAAUGAACAUGAUGAUAACGUUGAAGAAGAAAACGUCAGCCUCAUUAACAUGUUCUUAUUGGAUUUUACGUAUGUCAUAGAAUGUCUACCAGUCGCAGAUGAUUCAUGUAUGAAAAUGCAGAGCGGAACGUUUCCUGAUUCACUCGGAUUCCCGUAUAUUGUCAGAGCCUAUUGUUGCGGGCCGCGCGUUCUCGAUUCGGUCGCUUCGCAGUUCAGAGGGCGACCGUUGUUCCGGCGUCUUCUCACAACGCCGGCGAGAGCGCGGUACCGUAAGGCUUCCGGUGAUCGCUAUCUCGUCUUUGCACUCGCAACAUCGCAUAGACUACUUCCGAGAUACGCGACAUUUCUAAUGGCAUCAUGA